AUGCGUAUGAUGAUUGAAGUCAGGCCGCCAAAUGAACGUACCCAGUACCUAUGUCCACAUUAUUCGUUAACACAAGCGUAUUGAAUGCGACCGUGUAGAUAUUUGUUUGAAUUAUAACUACCUAUUUCAUAGUCAGACGAAAUUCGAGCAGAAUGUCGAUAAAAAAUGACAGCGACGAGCAUUGCAAUUUGCAAGAUAUUGUUAUUUCUGGUAUUUCUGGAGUUUUUCCCCAAAGUGAAAACGUAGAAGAAUUCAAAGAUAAUUUACUGGCAGGAAAAUGCAUGAUUUCUCAAGAAGAUCGAUGCGGUUCAAGCGGCAAAACUGGAUUACUAAAAACCAUCGAUCGUUUCGAUCAUUCAUUUUUUCGAAUUACUCAUCAACAAGCUGCCGGAGGUUUGCCUAUCUCUUCGAGAUUAUUACUUGAAAAAUCCUUCGAAGCUAUUUUAGAUGCAGGUUACAAUCCUCAACAACUGAAAGGUAAAAACGUGGCUGUUAUUUGUGGAGUAGUGGACAGCUGUGACGAAGAAGAUCCAAUCUGGGAUGCAGAAUUAAAAGAUACAAGUUUGACAAUGAUCCAUACCAUGAAAGCAAAUCGAAUCUCUUACUUGUUAGAUGUUCACGGACCCAGUUUCACUGUUAAUACAGCCUGCUCAGCAUCUAUGUACGCUAUGGACACAGCUGUUCGAGCAAUUCGAAAUGGUCAAUGUGAUGCUGCUAUCGUAUGCUCAACAAACCUUUGUCUUUCGCGAACAAAAUAUUUUGGUACGGAUAGUCCAGUACUGAACCGGAAUGGAAAUACGUCGCCUUUCAACAGUGAUGUUGACGGUUACACAAGAGCUGAGGCAGUAGUGGUUGCUUUUUUACAAAAAAGAGAGCAUGCUCGAAGGGUGUACGCCAAUGUCAUCCAUACAAAGACGAAUUGCGAUGGUUUUAAAAAUGAAGGAAUCACGUUUCCUUCGAUAACCCGACAAAAGGAAUUAUUUAGAACAUUUUACGAAGAAGUUAAUUUGAAUCCGAACAUGGUGUCAUACGUUGAAAUGCAUGGAACUGCUACACAAGCAGGCGACUUCGUGGAAGGAACAUCGGUGGAGGAAAUAUUCUGCACUGAUCGCACAACGCCACUAAAAAUAGGUUCGGUGAAAUCUAACAUGGGUCACGGAGAAGCGUCAUCAGCUUUAUGCUCAGUAGUUAAAAUGAUCACUGCAUUCGAAACUGGAAUUAUUCCACCGCAUAUUGGCUAUGAAAAUCCAAAUCCCAAAAUACAAGGUUUACAUAACGGUCAUCUGGAGGUGGUAACAAAACCAACUCCUUUGGAGGGUAAAUAUUUCGCUGUCAAUAGUUUUGGCGUUGGAGGAGCCAAUGGUCACAUUUUGCUAACCCCUCAUGAUAAAGUUAAGAAAUUGAACACACCUGCGAAUCAUGGAAUACCUUUGUUAGUUGCAGUAUCAGGAAGGACAACAGAAGCUGUGGACUACAUCAUAGAUGACGUUGUGAAGAAGUACGAAGAUACCGAAUACAUAAGAUUAAUGCAUGAGAUUUUUAGCGAAGACAUAAAUGGUCAUCUUCAACGAGGAUUCGUUAUUUUGGAUGCAGGGAAAGAGCAUAACAGAUCCAAACAAUUCGUUUCCGGAGAAAAAAGACCAAUAUGGUUUGUAUUUUCUGGAAUGGGAUCUCAAUGGACGACAAUGGGCCAGUCCCUGAUGAAAAUACCAAUAUUCGCCGAAUCUAUUCGAAAAAGUCACCACAUACUAAAAUCAAAAGGUGUCGAUUUGAUGAAAAUCGUCACAGAAAACGAUCCUUUGAUGUUCAAGAAUAUUUUGAAUUCAUUUGUGGGAAUAGCAGCAAUUCAAAUUGCAUUGAUUGAUGUUCUGUCUGCACUCGACGUCAAAGCUGAUGGAAUAAUUGGCCAUUCUGUAGGAGAACUAGGAUGUGCUUAUGCUGACGGAUGCCUUACAGCGGAGCAAAUGAUUCUGACAGCUUAUUAUCGUGGUUUAGUUUCUUUAGAAACCGAGGAAAUUCGCGGAAAAAUGGCGGUCAUUGGUGAUGGUUACAAUACGAUGAAAAAUCUUGUGCCUCAAGAAAUUGAUAUAGCUUGUCACAAUAGUCCAACCAGUUGCACGAUAUCAGGUCCCACUGAAGUUGUCGACAACUACAUCGAGCAUCUGAAACAGAAAAACGUAUUCGUUUGUGAAGUGGAUACGUCAAAUAUCGCAUAUCAUAGUCGUUACAUUACUCCAGCGGCUCCAAGAUUUAAUUCAUACUUGAAAAAAGUUAUCCCUGAACCAAAAUUAAGGUCCAAAAAAUGGAUAUGCACGUCUGCUCCAGAAAAUGAAUGGAAUUCAGAUACAGUGAGAUAUUGCUCGGCCGAUUACCACACAAAUAACCUCCUCAGUCCGGUAUACUUUGAAGAAAGCUGCCAGUUCAUUCCUAAAAAUGCUGUAUUAAUCGAGAUAGCACCUCAUGGUCUUCUAAACGCAAUUUUAAAACGUUCCCUGCCCUCAACUGUAACAAAUAUACUAUUGACUUUGAAAAAUCACCCGAACCAAGUGGAAUAUUUCUUAAAUGCUCUAGAACAAAUUUAUACAUCAGGAUGUUGCUCAAAACUUUAUCAUUUAUAUCCACCGGUUCAAUUUCCUGUCAGUAGAUCUACUCCGAUGAUUUCGCCUCUCGUUAAAUGGAAACACGAUGAGAAAUGGCCCAUAGGAAAACUCGGCGCUGAUACUUUGGUAUCAGGCAGUCAAAACGUUUUUAUAAAUCCACAAUCUGAUGGAUUCAAAUUCUUGAAAGAUCAUGGUGUAAAUGGAAUAAAUGUAUAUCCUGGAAUUGCAUACCUUGUGAUAGUCUGGCAGACUCUGGCCAAAAUGCAAAAGAAAAAAUGGAGGGAUCUUCCGGUGGUAUUUGAACAAGUUCGUUUUGAACGAGUGACUGAGAUUCCUGAUAAAGGCUACCUAAACUUCAACGUAGCCAUUCAUAUUGGGACAAAUAAUUUCGAAGUUACUGAAAAAGGUGCAGUUGUAGCCACCGGACUGGUACGAGUAGCAGAAAAUAUUGCCAUAGAAAAAGUGGACACGAGUCGAUUCGAAAACGACACCAUUGAUACCGAUUCAAUAACCCUUGAUAGUGAAGACUUCUACAAGGAGAUGAGAUUAAGAGGAUAUAGUUACAAGAAGGCCUUCAGAAGGGUCACUUGCGUUAAUUCUACUGGUACACAUGGAGAAAUAUCAUGGGACGAUAAUUUUGUCACGUUCAUGGACGCAAUGGCUCAAUUUUUAAUCCUUCAGAUCGACACUCGUGAACUUCUCGUUCCCAUUUUCAUACGAAAACUCGUUAUUGAUGUUAAGAGGCAUUUUCAAAUGCUGGAGACAGUAAACUCUGAGACACCAAAACUUGAGCUCAAUUUCUACCCUCACAUCAACCUGUUGAGUUCUGGUGGUAUUCAAAUGAUAGAUUGGAAGCUAAGAUCCGUUGCUCGAAAGCAACAUCAAUUGAGUCCUACGUUGGAGACAUAUCAAUUUAUUCCUUACAUAAAUAAUGAAGAAAUGGAUUUAAAUUCAGCAAUUAGAACAUGCAUUGAAAUAGUUUUGGAAAACACAUCCAUAGUUAAAAUCAAAACUGUCGAAUUGCUGGAUUCAGCACAGUCUACUUCUAUUACUUCUUCAGUCUUAUCCAGAAUAGCAAUGGAGAUUUUGAAUGAUUUGCCUAACAUCCAAGCUGAUGUUAAUAUUGUAACCGAUUCUACAAGUGCAUCAGAAGUGCGGAAUUUACCAGGAAAUGUAGAAUUACUCCAUGAACUACCCGGAGGCAAAAGUGCUUCGAUAGUAUUAAUUUCAAAUAUUCAAAACAACAUUCAACAUAUGAAGAAAAUAUUCGAUACAUUAAGAGACGAUGGAUUUAUAAUAACAAAACAAUUAACAACUACAGACGAUAAUUUGAUAGAAAAUUUGGGAUUCGUAAUCUCCUUCAGCAGUAGAAUCAGUUCACAUGAGAAAAUCUUACUUCUAAAAAAGGAGCAUCUAUCUCGAAGUAAACUGAAUAUCACAACUGUAGAAAUAAAAAAUGAUUCGUAUUCUUGGAUAAUUCAGUUACAAGACACACUGAAAAGGCUUAAACUGAAAAAAGACGAAGUACUGGUUUUAUAUGCUGAAAAAGAACCAACGAAUGGAAUAUUGGGAUUUUUCAAUUCCUUAAGAAAGGAAGUAAAAGGAAUAAAUAUGAGGUGCUUUUUUGUAUUUGAUACAGAAGCCAAGCAUUUUUCACUGGCGGAUCCGUUCUAUAAAAAUCAAUUUGAUAAAAAUUUAGCUCAGAAUGUCUACAAAGGAGGAGAGUGGGGUAGCUAUCGUUACCUUCCACUUGAGCCACUUGAAAAUAUCCAAACCAAUAGUGCCAUUUGCCAACUGGAAACCCCUGGCGACUUCUCGUCGUUCAGAUGGAUCGAAAGUCCACUGAAUUUAAACAAAUAUCUGUUUCGCAGGAAACCAGGAGGGAAAUCGCUUGCAAGAGUCUACUACAGCGGUCUAAACUUUCGCGAUAUAAUGCUAGGAUCGAGGAAACUUUCCAAUGUGGAUUCGUCCCACUACAGUCGUUUGGCUGAUCCCUGUCCAGGUUUUGAAUUCUCAGGACGUGAUGAAGAAGGUAAUCGAGUGAUGGGAAUAGUACGCCAUAGUGGAAUAGCCACAUUCGUUGAAGUGAUUCCAUAUUUCACUUGGAAAGUUCCACACAAUAUGACACUUGAAGAAGCAGCCAGUAUUCCACUCGUGUAUAUUACAGCGAUUUGCGCUUUUUUUGUUAAAAUACAAUUGAAGAGAAGAGCCACAGUUUUGAUUCACGCAGGAAGCGGAGGGGUAGGCCAAGCGGCCAUUAACAUUUGUCUUUAUUACAAUUGUAAUAUUUUUACAACGGUUGGUUCUCCAGAUAAAGUUCAAUUCAUGAGGAAUAUGUAUCCUCAGAUUCCAGAAACACACAUUUGUUACUCCAGAGACACGACAUUCGAAACAACAAUAAUGCAACUAACGAAAGGAAGAGGAGUAGAUGUAGUUUUGAAUAGCCUUUCUGAUGAAAUGCUUAAGGCUUCAGUACGCUGUGUUGCCAAAGGCGGACAUUUUUUAGAAAUAGGAAAAUCGGAUACCGAAUUGGGACGUUCUUUGUAUGAAACUACUAUUCACAAUGUGCAACUUGAUCAUUUCUUUUGGAAUCAAGAUGAAGAAGCCUUAAAAUUGAGUGAAGAAUUUCAAAAAAUACUCGAUCUGGGUGUUAUUAAACCCAUCAGACGAAUAAUUUUUGAAGCAAAUGAGAUUGAAACAGCUUUUAGACGCAUGGCUUUUGCAAAACACAUCGGAAAAGUCUUGAUAAAGUUGCAAGAAGAGGAUACAGAGCCAACUACGGGACCAAAUCUAUCACUAAUAAAUGUAAAACCGUAUGUAAUCUGCCACAGUGAUAGAUCUUACAUCAUUAUAGGCGGGCUAGGCGGAUUUGGGCUGGAAUUGGCAGACUGGUUAGUUCUACGAGGUGCUCGAAACAUUGUGCUAAGCUCUCGAUCAGGAAUCCGGAAUGGUUAUCAAAUGCACCGAAUAAAUUUAUGGCGAUUGUACGGAGCUAAUGUGAUUGUUUCAACUGAAGAUGUAACUAAAGAAACGGAAAUGAUGAUAUUGCUGCGAAAAGCUGCAGCUCUGGGUCCAAUAACAGGAGUAUUCAACGUCGCAGUGGUUUUGGAAGACAAACCAUUCAUCGAACACAAUGAACAAUCAUUUCGAAUUGGAGUAGAUCCGAAAGCAACAGCAACCAUUCAUCUAGAUCAUCUGACACGAGAAAUGUGCCCAGAACUGGAAUACUUUGUUGUGUUUUCAAGUGUCAUAAGCGGACGAGGCAAUGCGGAAUCAACCAACUAUGCUUUUGCGAAUUCCAUCAUGGAGAGGAUAUGUGAAGCAAGAAAAUCCGAAGAUUUACCUGCUUUGGCCAUCCAGUGGGGAGCCAUAGGAGAUGUAGGAGUAUUUGUUCAAAUAGUUGGAGAUAAUGAAUCAGCUGUAAUCGGAGGUACUGCUCAGCAAAAAAUUGAAUCUUGUUUGAAAACAUUGGAUACAUUUAUGAAACAGCAGAGUCCUAUCGUCUCUAGCAUAGCUAUAGCGAAAAAACUUCAAGUAGAAACCGAUGUCAUAAAUGGUGUAGCCAAUAUUCUAGGUAUUACAGACAUUAACACUGUAAGUCUUAAUUGGACUUUACCAGAGCUAGGUAUGGAUUCGAUAUUAGCAAUGGAACUUCGACAAGUGCUCGAAUCAGAAUUCAAUUUCUUCUUCACUCCUGAAGAAUUAAGGAAGCUAACCUUCGCAAAAUUAUAUCAGCUCAAAGAGGACAAAAUGAAAUCUUCAAAAUUCGGCAAAGAAGAAGAAGACGAAUCAGAGAAACUCAAAGAGCCCCUGCUACGAAUACCAUUCGAAAAUGGAAAAAUCACGAAAGAACUGCCAGUCGAUGAAAAUCCAACUGUGUUCUUAUUUCCUGGCGUAGAAGGCAUUGCGGCAUUUAUGGAACCACUAGCUAAGAAUCUCAACAUUCAAGUUCUAUGUUUCCAAUACCACAAUACCAUCGAGUCAGCAGAAUUCUUCCUUACAAAAUUAAGAGAUGAAUUUGCAGAAAUUAUUCUAGAAAAACUCGGAACAGCUCAACAAUUUUUCAUCAUUGGAUACAGUCUGGGAGGUUUACUCGCGAUAGAAGUUGCCAGUGUUUUGGAGGAAAAUGGUAAAAAAGGGCACAUAUGGUUGAUAGAUUCGACGCCAGCUUACGUAAUUCGGAAAGCAAAAGCAUACGAAAGCCAGAAACCUAACUCGAGUGAAGAUAAAAGUAGACAUAAAGCGAUUAACAACGAGCAAUACUCGGUAUUACUUGAUGAAGAGAAUAGUAGGUUGAGUUUUCUGAUCAAAAACGUAUUAAGUCACAAGUUUUCUCACAAUCUUCUCGAGUCAUCGUGCACUUUAAUUACAAGUGCGGAGUUUCUAUUUGAUUCGAACGAUUCUUCAGGACUGACAGAAAUUUUCAGAAAUCCAGUACAAGUUUGUCAUGUUGAUGAUACUGAUCACUAUACAAUUUUAAAAAAUUCAGCAACUGCAAGAAUUAUAAUGAAGAAUUCGAUAUGGAAGGAAAAUUGAGGGAAUAAUGCAUGAAUUACGUACAAAAGUUGUGAAAAUGAAUACAGACCAUCUUUUUUUUUUACUAAAAAAUUAGAAGUUUAGAAUGAAAAUAAAACUUUGAAAAUUUGUUUUACCUAUA